AGGCUGCACACGGAGUUCAGCGUGAACCCGUUCCACCCCGUGCACACCAUCGCCAGGAAGCCGAUGUCUUGGCAUGAUAAUGUAGAAGAGCCAGCAGAUGCCGAGUUUCUGAAUCUUAUUCACCAUGCAGCACUGGAGCCAACAAAGAAAUAUUCAGAACCACAAACUGAAAGCCAAGAAAUAGGCUGGAACACAACACCUUUGAUUCCCCUGGACCGGACCGACUGCAGGCUCUACUUCCCACGCCGGAAAACUGAUAUCACUAAAUAAAUGGCUGCCGGGGGCCAUGGGGAGGAGCACUCUAAGGACCUGCAGCAGAGGAGCACGCAUAGAUAA